CCGCCGUCUUGGUGCUGGCCACCUUCCACUUUCACGCAAAAGCGCCCCCCACACGUAACUGACUUUCACACGCACACACAAACACGCACACUACCUCGGGUGCGCCAGCCUGGGCAAGGUUGAAAGUGCGCAACUUUUUCAAACGUCUUAGCGGACCAAACGGAAACACCUGCCUCAGCCUUGGUGUUUUUUUUUAUUUUUAUUUUUCAUUAUCUCCAAAGUGCGAAUAGGAAUGUGGGCUACAAGUAGAGCUGAGUGUCAAACGUCAAGCUCUUGCCCCUGACGGACACCAUGACCUCUGACCUCAACCUGAGCUCUCUGUUGAAUGUGAGCGAGCUGCACAAUCACACGCGAGGAUGCUCACUCACCAAGACGGGCUUCCAGUUCUACUACCUGCCCACAGUCUACAUCAUGGUGUUCAUCACAGGCCUGGUGGGCAACAGCUUAGCCAUCUGGAUGUUUGUGUGCCAUAUGAGGCCAUGGAGCAGCAUCUCCGUGUACAUGUUCAACCUGGCACUGGCUGACUUUUGCUACGUCCUCUCACUGCCCUUCCUAAUCUUUUACUAUUUCAACAAAACCGAUUGGAUCUUUGGUGAUGUGCUGUGCCGGCUGCAGCGCUUUAUCUUCCACGUCAACCUGUACGGCAGCAUCCUCUUCCUCACUUGCAUCAGCGUGCACCGCUACACGGGCGUAGUGCACCCGCUAAAGUCCUUGGGCCGACUCAAGAAGAAGAAUGCUGUCAUCACUAGCGCACUAGUGUGGGCUGUGGUGGUCCUUGCAAUUUCGCCCAUCCUCUACUACUCUCGGACGGGCUCAAAGCGCAACGCCACUACUUGCUACGACACCACCACUGAGGAUGAGCUUCCCGGUUACUUCAUCUACAGCAUGACCUUGACCGUCUUCGGCUUUUGCAUCCCAUUCAUUAUCAUCUUCUGUUGCUAUGGCAUGAUUGUCAAAGCCUUAAUUUACAAUGACAUGAACAAUGCACCCCUACGGCAGAAAUCCAUCCACCUGGUCAUCAUUGUACUGGCCGUCUUCGCUGUCUCCUACCUACCUUUCCACGUUAUGAAAAACCUGAACAUGCGGGCCCGGCUGUACUUCCAGAGCCCAGCCAUGUGUGACUUUAAUAACCGCGUCUACGCCACUUACCAGGUGACUCGCGGCCUGGCCAGCCUAAACAGCUGCGUGGACCCUAUCCUCUACUUCCUGGCCGGUGAUACGUUCAGGAGGAAACUGUCACGGGCCACCAGGAAGCCUUCCAAGAAGGGGGACAACGUGUUGCAGUCUAAGAGCGACGAGACUGCGCUCAACAGCCUGGCAGAGUAUGUGGAGAACGGAGAGCGGCGGAUGUGAAGCCGUCGUUAUCUACAGUAUUGGAUAAUAGAAGCACUUUGCAAUCCUGGAGGCCAUUUUUAACUCUGUGAUAAAUGAUGUGGAUACGCUCUCGUGCUGUGUUGUGCACUUGUGUUGUUUUGUGUGAUAUACCCAGGCCACUAUUAAGUACACCUACACAACCUAAUGUUUUUGAAUGUUUUGCAAGGAUUAUAUCGCAGUUAUGUAAUUCAAAGAGCUGGUUUGCAUCCAUCCAUCUAUUUUCUAAAGCGCUUGUCCAUAGUACUGUCAUAGGUAGACUGGAGUCUAUUUCAGCUGACUUUACACAAAGUGACUGGCUGCCAACUAUUUACGGACAUGUAUAGAGAAACAGCCCUUCACACAUACAGAUAUGGGCAAUGUAAAGACUUCACUGAAAAUGCAUGUUUUGGCAUGUGCCAGGUUUUAAAUUUGGAAACGCUCGACUGUGAAGGAGACAUGCAAAUAGUGGAUCACAACUGGUCCUGGACCAGUGUCUUUUAUUUAAGGGAUUAAGGACACAUUGGGUUGAUGUCUAAUUUGAUGAGCAUAACACAUGCAGUAUCUCCAUUGAAGACCAUUUUACAGGAAUAUAUUUAGCUCUUAGACAUACAGCUGUGGUCAAAAGUUUACAUACAC